UUGGGCGUCGAGGAGAAGUUCGGUUGACAAAGCGUAACCAGCUAGAAGGUGACGAGUUUGUUAAAAAAAAAAAAAAAAAAAAAAAAAAGAAAAUUGGAUUAAUUUGAUGGUGUGCCUGGACUUUACGUCGCGGGAGCGCUUGUUAGAAGGGAGGGGGACCGCGUUUGGAUUUCCGUCACUUUUUUAUUUUAAAGUCUCCCUCUCCUGUUUCGUUUGAGGACUCGUAGGUCGUUGGACUCCCGAUGCUGGGCGACGGAGAGCCGCAGCAUGUUGCUACAGAGUUAAAGAAACCACAAGUUAACACGAGACGGGAAGAGGCUGUGCUGUGUGUGCUGUGUAUGCUGCUGUGCUAUGUUGUGUGUAUGUAUGAGUCUGUAUGAGUAUAUGAGUGCGUAUGUGUGUGUGUGUGUGUGUGUGUGUGUGUGUGUGUGUGUGUGUGUGUGUGUGUGUGUGCUAGCUGGCUACAUAUGCUGUGUAUGAAAUAGUAACCGGAGCCGACAGACACAGAGAUCCGCCGGUCCCUGUGUAGCUGAUACAUUGUUGCAAGUGCGUGAUUAUUCGAGGAAACCCAGGGUUCACUCUAGUGCGCGUGGAAAGCUGUCAUUUUAUUUAAUAAGCGAUUUCCGAUGUUAUGACACUUAUGUGGAUCCGUUAUGGUUUGUAAUUUCCCCGAGAGUGUCAGAGAGACGCGCGUGAAGUUGUUGGGGAAACUUUAAUCAGGUGGUGGUGGUGGUGGUGAUGAUGAUGGUGAUGAUGAUGAUGAUGGUGGCUGACACUGAGUGCUGAUGUUUGGACUCCUUUACAUUUACAAUGCGAUGAAUGUGACGGUGUUGCUCGUCAUAACUCACACACACCCCGGGUGGGUUUCCCUGCUGCACCCUGCGCGUGCUCUCAGCCCGUGGAUGAACUCUUAUACCUAACUCUUAUAUCUGUGAUGUGAUGUUCUGAUGCACGGAUUUACAACUGAUGCGGACGUUGGAAUCGGAAAUCCGUAGUAGUAGUUUUUGUUUUAUUUUAUUUUAUUUAACACACAAUGAAAACUUUUUGGAGCAUCCCUAGUUUACAGGAGCUGGUCAGUUGUUGAACACAUCCAUGGUGUCUAGCUUGUAUUGUUGUCACAGACUGUAUAAACAAGUAUAGCAGUAGUUUCGCGGGUGUUGUUGUUGUUGUUGAGACUUGAAUCAGGAAGCCGGCGGAAAUGGCCGGAGAGUGCACGUACAGCGCGCGCGACGCCGCUGAUGACACUUUGUGUCCUAGGGAGCGACAGGAGCGGUUCUCCUCUUCCUCUUCCUCCUCCUCCUCAUCAUCAUUACCCGCCGCCCCUUCGUCGCCCUUCUUCGAGACCAUCGGCGGUUUUCUGUACCGGAAGAAGUUAGAGAAGGGCUUUGUGCAGUACCGCGAAGUGCUGGCUGAAGACAAGCGGCUCCACUCCAUCCAGGCUUUCCACGCGAGGACGCCCGGGAGCCUUCACCACACCCUGGAGGACACGUACCGGCUAGUCGCGGAGCACUACUGGUGGGAAGGAAUGUACUUUCAGGUCAGAGACUUUGUUCUGGGCUGCGAGGAAUGUCAUCGAAGGCAGGCUGAAAAAGCAGAGUGCUCAAACGUGGGGAAUAUGAUCGAAUCUAAGAUGGUGAAAUCACACAGUCAGGAAGUUCUGAGCAAGCUGAAUAGCCAACGAGAGGCUGGGCUGUUCUGCGACAUCACGCUAAAAACUGGUAGCGGACACUCAUUUGUUGCCCACAAGUCAGUUUUGGCAGCCGUGAGCGAGUAUUUCCAGGAACUAUUUGCUGAAAUGGACGCCGCCACCGAACCUCACACACACGUCGACCUCACGGGUUUCAGUGAGGAGAGCUUGCUUGCUUUGCUUGAGUUUUCCUAUACAUCCAUCCUGACUCUGAACUUGGGCACGCUGACGGAGGUAGCAGCAAUGGCUCGCCAUCUCCGCAUGUGGCAUGCUCUGGAGGCCUGUUCUGCUUUACAGAGUGAGCAAGAGGCUGGCCAUCGAUCCUCCAAACUGCUCAAUCCCAUAGGAAUGACCUCUGUGAUGCCUGGGGUUUCCCCUAUGAACACCUUGAGAAACCAGAGCUCCCCCUCAGGAAGGACAGCAAGGUUUAUAAGAAAAAGGGAGGCGGAACAAGGGGGAGCUCACGUAGUAGACGGGACUGAUGAAUCUGACCGAGAAGGCAGUGAUCAAACUUUACCCGCCCAGUGCCAAAGCCAGGCUCUUUCCAGUCUACAGACAGAGGGUUACGGCUUUCCGUGUAGCCCAACUCGCAGGAUGAAACUUAUGGACUUCAAAUCUCCAUCCAGCAAGAGGAAAUUGUCCCCUCGUCCAUCGUCAUCAAUCAUCCCGACAUCUCCCUCUACUUCCACCCGAUCCUCCUCUCCAUCCCGCCGCCUGCUUCGCUCCACACCAGGAGCCGCACUAGCCCUGCGUAGGCUCCUGCCCAAAAUUGACCUCUCGUCCAAGAGAAAAAGGAAGUCCUCCUCUUAUCAGCGGACAUACAGGGUAAAGAGCGAUUUCUCAGUGGAACCGUCUCGAUCUCAGCCGUGUCUGGCAAUCCCAGUGAAGGUGAAGCAGGAGGCAGUGGAGGAAGAAGUGUGCAGUGCAAUCCCUCAAGAUGAAGUGCACAGUCCUCGUGCUCAGGAGAAAUAUCGACUACUUAGCUUCCUCGGCUUGCAGAGGAAAUCCCUCACGCCUGGCCCAGAAGAGCUCUCAGGCUGGGGGCAAAAAAAGAGACUUAGGAAGUUGAAAGUGAGUGACUACUCUCUGACAGCCCGACGCAAACCCCGUACACAAAGUCUAGGCGGAAUUGCUGUUGGCCUGGGAGGUUUAGUGGGAGUCAGCUCCUCUAUGUCCCUCUGUGACAUGACCAGAAUGGAUCUUCUGAAGAAAGUGAUCAAAGUAGAACCGCAGGUUACCACGGACAAGAAAUUGAAAAGGAAAAACAACACCGUGGGUCAAAUGGAGCAUUUGAGUGUUAGAACCACACGCAGCCAAUCCAUGAAGGUAGACUCGAGUGAGACUCGUAAUGUUCGUUCGUUAAGAAACCGUUCUAGCAGCCCAAACAAACCGUUACCUCGACCUCCAGGCAGAGGAAGGGGCACAGUGCGAGGAGCCCAGGCCCCUCCAAAGAAAGUUACAACAAGGACAAAACAGGAACCCCAAGAGUAUGCCAUCUCACCAACUGCCCCCUCCUACGGUGGUAAAGCCAGAGGAUCGGCCCCCAAGAGUAAUCCGCCAGUAGAUCGCUCGCUCAGAAUCACUACCACAGAAUCAAAGCGUAUGUUGCGCUACAACAUUGGACGCUCGACCAGAGACAAGCGCAAAGGUACAAGACAAAACAAGUCGGUCCAAGAAAAGACCAAACAGAGAAGCGGAGCGUGUAAAGCAAACGGUGUCCGAGAGAACAAAAAGAACACGGCACCCAGAAACAGAACAGAAGACAAGGAGGCAGAUCUUGAUGGUGCACGAGGUUGGGAUUUUUCCGAUACCAACCACCAGCACUACAAUAAUCCUCUUUAUAAGGUUAUAAAAGAAGAGCCAGCAGACCCUCUACCCCUGACCCAGCCCUUCAUAAAUAGUGAUGCUUCUGACCUGGGUAAACGUCAGAGCAAACCACCUGUGAAACUCUUAGACCAAGGUUUCCUCUUCGGGCUUUGCCGACCAUCAGGUGGAAUCAAGAGGGAGGAGGAGAGUGUGGACAUCUGCUUGACUCGCUCUGUCUCCCACAGUAGUGCUUCCCCUAGCAACGAAUCACCUGGCAUUGUCAGAAGAGCUCGGAUUAGAGCAAGGAUCACGUCAGAGGGAUCUGGGCUAAAUGGACCUCACUGGGCUGGGCUUGGCAACAGGUCCACUUCCUCUUCUCAAAGGGUGCUUGUCCGAGUGAAGAAGGAAGAGGAACAGAUCGAUGUAUCCCAGCCGUCAAAAGCGAACAGAAGUUUUACACAGCUCAAAGACAGCAAAGGGAGCUGUAAGGUUAAAAGACAGGCACCAAAGACAAAGAAUGUAAACAAGUUGUAUCCCGUGAGCAGUCGGCGCACUGUUAUGCUGGAGUCCAUCCGACACGCCCGCUUUAACCAGCAGAAGAGUCCCCGUGGUCAGUCCUCUGGUGGACCCCAUGCGUGCCUGCAGUGUAGAGCAUCUUACAGAGACUGUGAUGGCCUCAUCAUGCACCGAAUCAGGCACAUUGAAGGCAAACACUGGCCAUGUCCUUUGUGCAGUAAGACAUUCUUCAGGCAGAAAAAUGUGAGAAACCACAUAAGGACACACAAUCCCAAACUCUACAAAUGCCGUCAGUGCGUCGCUUCCUCUUAAGGUGGAGAACACUGCGACAAAACAGUGAAGACGAAGGCUGCCUUUUUUUUUUUUUUUUAAUUAAAUUUUUUUUUUUUUUUGGUGGGAAAUAUAAAUCUGUAUAUACCUGAAUGUUACAUGACAAUGAAGUUCAGUCUAUAGAUGUAAUUAUGGUCAUUGGUAUUCUGUGAUUUAUUAUUAUUUUCCCCCCCCCAUACAAUAAUUAUUGUUAUUGUUAUUUAAAUAACCAAACUAAAGAUGUUUUGCAGUUUCGAUAGGUGGGGAACUUGAACCAUUGAUGUUUCUCUCAGGGGAUGGAGGCUGGUUGUAAUGGCGAUAUUUGUACAUGAGGAUUGUGUAGAAUGCUUUAAGAAGAUUACUACUAUUGUAAUUACUGCGAUUAUAAUAUUAUUAUUGUUAUUACAGUUAUUUUUUAUAAAUAGUAUCCUCUUGAGUGCACUUAAAAAAAAAAACAAAAAAAACAAAAAAAACAAAAAAAAAAAGGAAGGUAGCUUUGUUUUGAAACCUAAGAAUACUUGUCAAGUGGUCAGGUGAGCUUUCUGGGAUCUACUUGAAUGGUGGCUGAGGUGGAGGUUUUAAUCUUGCCUUGGUUUGAGGUAAUUAGAUGAUGAUGAUGAUGAUGAUGAUGCAUUAGAAAAAUAGACAAGACGGAAGUUACCGGCACUGAAUCAUUGUCUAAAUGAAGAGGAAAGAUGAAAAUCCCUGUCUUUGCUUAUAUUCUCCCUCGUGAUCUUUGUCGACAGGCAGAUUUCAUAUGUCUGUUUUAAACUAAGGGAAUCCCAACAGGUCUAAAUGUGACUUUUUACAACGUCAGCUAUGCUUUCCUUAUAUUGCUGUUUUGGAAAUUAGUUUUUAACGAGGCAAUUGAAUACAUUCUCAGAUUGAGAGUUUUCUUUUCUUCUUCUUCUUCUUUUUUUUUUUUUUUUUUUUUAAAAGAUCCAAAGCUUCCACAGGAUUUAAUGCAGUGAAGUUGUAUGAAGUUUUAAAUGUAGUGCUUUUAGUCUGAAACCACAGAACUGUAAAAAGACCAAUAUCAAUAUAAAUAAAUUUCAAAUUUUACUCUGCAAUCGUGUGGCAAUAUUGUCAUACCACAGAAUAUAGUGAUGUCGUCUUUUGGAAUUAUUAAGAUAAUGGGGGAAAUUAUUUUGUAUUUCUAUUAGUCCGUGGUAUAUUUGUAACCUUUAAGAUUUUUGCAUUGAUGGGGAUCAUUUCAGGAUGUUACUAUAAGCUGUAAGGUCUGAGGACGUGUAAUCAGUGCAGCCCACUGUCAGCAUUUCUUUAAUAUUGUGUUUGGUUUUUUUUUGUUUGUUUUGUUUUUUAAAUAAAUAUGCAUGACUCUUAUUAUGGCAAGCAUGAAAUACAUGAAAAUCCACUGUAGUUCUUUUGUGUAUUAUCGUGCAUUUGAUGAUGAUAAUGAUAAUAAUAAUAAUAAUAAUAAUAAUAAUAAUAAUAAUCUGAUGUGGGCUGCAAAACUAGAUUUUAUCAUUUUAUCUUCUGCAAUAAAAAGGCUACAGAAAUACAACUUGUUCUGUAUAAACCCAAAUUUAAAUGCUAUUUAAAGAGACAUGCUUAGUAUAUUCCAGGUUUCUAGGUGCAUUUAACCAAUAAGCAGUUUUAUGCUGCUUUUAUUACUUUGAACUUCAUGUUUGUUAAAUGGACAUUGACUAUAUAUAUAUUUGCACUAUAGCAGGUUAAGUGUAACUGAUUAAUUUGAAGGUCUAGUUUUCUUUUUCUUUUUCUUUUUGCAGCGGGCUGGGUAAUCAGAAUCAGAGGCCGCUCCUGGCUGUUGUCAUCUUUCAGAUAUUUUCUUCUUUCAUGUUUAUAAAUAUAAAUGUGAAAAUGAAAGACCUCAAGAUUAUGGGGGGGGGAUCACUAUAUAUCACUAAUAUCAAAAUGAUCAAGCUUUCAUUUCCCUUUUUAAGUGUAACGUAAAUCUUUUAAUAACAUGUAGAUCCACCCUUUGCUU